AUGCCCGUCGAGCUUCGCAAGCGCAAAGCCCCCGAGCCUGCCCCGGCUCCGGCGCCCAAGAAGGCCUCCUCCAAGGUCACCAAGGCCGCAGAGAAGGUCAAGGGCGCCGUUAAGGGCAAUGCCGAGAAGCCUGUAGAGACAGUCGUCGAUGAGCCUGCCGAGAAGCCUACCGCCGCCAAUGGCUCCGACAAGAAGGUCAAGGCAGUUAAGGGUGAGACAAUCGACCUCGACGGCUUCGGCGGCGAGAUCGAGACCAACGAAGGCGACAAGACGACUCUGAAGGAGCUCGUCGACAAGAGCAAGGCCGGCGUUGUCCUCUUCACCUACCCUAAGGCCUCGACUCCCGGAUGCACCAAGCAAGCCUGUCUCUUCCGAGACUCGUACGAGCCGCUGACCAAGACGGGAUUCGCCAUCUAUGGCCUGUCCACGGAUUCGCCCAAGGCCAAUACCACCUUCAAGGAGAAGCAGAAGCUGCCUUACCCGCUGCUUUGCGACCCCAAGGCCACCCUAAUUGGUGCCAUCGGCUUGAAGAAGGCGCCUAAGAGCACCCAGCGCGGCGUCUUUGUGGUUGAUAAGGCCGGCAAGGUUCUCAUUGCCGAGCCCGGCAGCCCCGCCGGUACCGUCGAGGUCGUCACGGCGCUCGUUGAGGGCGGCGAUGUCGAGGCUGCCGCGGACGCCGCUGCCGUCGAUGCCAAGGCGGAGGAGCCAGCCAACGGCGAGACCAAGACCGCCGAGGAGAAGAAGGAGGAUGCCGCCGAGAAGAAGGAUGGGAAGGACGAGCGCCGCAACGCUCACAUCCCAUCCUCAAGCUGGUCAUCGAACCGUUGCCAAUCGAACCGCCCCCAAAUCUUCCUUCCACCGUCCACGACGUCGCCUAAUAUGGCCUCCAAGGCAGUUGCGAAGGCCGCGGCAAGCGGUGUUGUGGAAAUCUCAAAGAAGCACACCCUCCAGUCCCAGGGCGUUUGGGAACGUAUCCGCCGCUCCCUUGCCCUCGACCCCAACCGCUCCUCCGGUGUGCCCUUGAACCCGACCUUCCGCAACCCGACACCGGGCGCCUACGACCCCCUCAGCUACGACGACCCCGUCACGCUGCCCGCGGGCGACAUCGCCGACAACCCGUACUGGAAGCGCGACGCCCGCCGCAACUACCCGGCCCUCAGCGUUGUCAACCAGGCCGACGUCGUCGGCUUGCUGUCGGUCGGCUCGGCCGCGAGCCCGCGCGUCGAGCUCAUCGGCGAGGCAGGCGAGAAGCAGCUCGUUGCCGCCCGCGAGGAGGCCGCCGCCACGGGCCUGGCGCCGUACCUCGAGAAGAACGCCGCCAAGGCCGUCGAGGCGAGCAAGGAGGCGCUCUUCACCAACGGCCUGCCGCCGACGCCCAGCGGCCAGGACCUCAAGAGCGGAACGUGGAAUGUGCACAAGUACGAGGUCAACAAGGAUCAGUCCUAUGGUGAGGGGUGA